CAGUGGCAGUCAGAGUUGGUGCCCUUGAAGGAUGAGGAGGACCAGGCUCUGGGGGCUGUUCUGGAUGUCCUUCUUCUUAGAACUCCAAGAUGGAGCUAAAUCAAAGGAGAUCAAGUAUGAACUAAUAGAAGGGCAGGUCCUGGAAGUGGAAUGUCCCUUCAACGUACUACUGUUCCAAAGGAGCCAGAAGGAGUGGCAGAAGCUGACAGAAGGAGAGGAGCCUCUGACACUGGCAAGGACAGAGAGGAGCUCAGGGCAGACCAAUCAUGUCCAGGUGGGGAGGUACUUCCUGGAAGACAUCCCCAGUGAAGGUUUACUGGUUGUCCGAAUGACUGACCUUCGGCAGGAGGACUCAGGAUUAUAUCAGUGUGUGAUCUAUCAGCCUCCCAAAGAACCCUUUGAGUUGCACCAUCCUAUCCGCCUGGUGGUGAAAAAAGGUCCUGUCUCAUACAGUAAUUCUACCCAGGAUGUGACUGAGAUUCCCACCAUUCCUCCUAUCACCACCAAGGCCCGGGGCAAGCUUCCUAUCAGCCCAGGCACUGUGACUCAACUCUGGUCCACAUCAACUGCCAGCCUCACUUCUCCUGACCUGAGAGUCAACUCCACACAUGGGACAAAUGUCAUUAGGAUCUCUCCAAUCAGUAUCAUCACUAUCGUGGUGUGUGGAAUCCUGACCAAGAGCCUGGUCUUCACUGUCCUGUUGGUUGUCACACAGAGGUCAUUUGGACCCUAGGCCCAUGAACCCACAAGAAUGCCCUAUGACCUCCAUCCAUGUCUACCUGGCAGUUGUGCUAGAAGAAGAAUGUGAAAGGGGAUAGAAAGGAGGGGUGGGCAAUGCCUGGGCUGAAUCUGUAACACAGGUUAUUUCUAAGGCUCAGGAUCCCGCCUUCCUGGCCUGCUGAGUCCCCUCAUUUCACUAAUAACCUUGGGUGUGUGCUUUGCCCCAUUAGAAGAGAAAAUAUAGUCUCUAAUAUGCCCCAGGCCUCAAUUCCACCAGCAGCUUAGGGUUUCCAUUAAAUAAAGACAGAGUUCUUCCCUGGCUGGUGUGGCUCAGUGGUUUGAGAACUGGCUUGUGAACCAAAGGGCUGCUGGUUU